AUACAUGUUUCCUCCUCUCAAGUCCCAGUUGUGUCCUGCAAUUCAAAUCAACAUGUUUAGCUGAUGUCAAGUUAACAUCACCCGCAAAGAUUUCUGACAGAGGUUCCGUACCUGACACGAGCUCCACACUUCAGCAGGUGUGUGUGACAGCAGGUGCACACGCGCUUCAACAUCCAUGCUCGCGCCACGCGAAAGAAGUUGAAGCACAUAACACAGAGUUCAACUUCUCAACAGCCCCCAAGGAGGAAGCGUAUUUCAAAAUGCUCGGAGAGGACGAGCCGCUUGCCUGCAGAAUGAAAGAGUCCCACUUGAGAAACAAGGAUAAAAAAAGUCGACUUAGUCUUCUUCUGGCAAAGUCUGGAUCCCAUGAAAAUGUCAGUCCUGAAAAGAAGCCACCAACUACAAAUAAACACAUACCUCCGGACGAGGCUCUGAAAUGGAGUGAUUCAUUUGAGGAUUUGCUGAGUCAUUCAGAUGGGGUAGAAUUCUUCACUCGCUUUCUACGCACUGAGUUCAGUGAGGAGAACAUUGAGUUCUGGUUGGCCUGCGAGGAUUUCAAAAGCACAGAGUCUUCCACCAAACUGCAGACUAAAGCCAGACAGAUAUAUGCCGUAUUCAUCGACAAAGAAGCACCCAAGGAGGUCAACAUAGACCACUCAACCAAGACCACCAUUGAGAAGAACGUCCUACAUCCAACUCGAUCUUGCUUUGAUGUAGCACAAGAUAAAAUUUACAGCUUAAUGAAAAGAGACUGCUACCCACGAUUCCUAACCUCUGACAUCUACUUGACCCUGACCAAGAGGAAAGGCCCAGUACCUAUGACCAGGAGAAGGUCUCGCUCUUUUGUUUUAAAUGAUCGUGCCGAAGGCACAGCUGCUUGGUUGUAGAGUUGUACUGUAGUGCGAGUAGUGUUCAUAUCAUUUGUUUUGUACUGUCAACAGCACUUGAUUGUGUUGCACCUUUUAGCUAUUUAUUAACAUUAGUUCAAAUAGGCUGGUAUUUAAAUACUAAUCAUUCAUGAUUGUCAACUGUUCGGUUUUGCUCAAGGAUUUCAUGCCACGCUGUCAUAAUCAACAUGUUUUCAAUUGUAAAUUGUACAUAAUUGUUUUAUGAUCAAGGUCUUUAUAAUAUAAAUUGUAUAUAUACUGUAUUUUUAAUUAUACAGCUUUUUCAUCGCUAUUAAAAAUAUAAAUGUUACAGUAAACACACUGAA